AUGGCUUCAAAGAGGAUUCAGAAAGAAUUGAAGGACUUGCAGAAGGACCCUCCUGCAUCUUAUAUUUUUCCAGGGCUUGUAGGUGAGGACAUGUUCCACUGGCAAGCUACCAUUAUGUAUCCUUCAGAUAGCCCUUUUGCAUGGGAUGUGUUUCUCGUGACUAUUCACUUCCCACCGGAUUACCCUUUUAAGCCACCCAAGGUCUCCAUUAAGACCAAAGUCUUUCAUCCAAACAUCAAUAGUAAUGGAAGCAUUUGUCUUGAUAUCCUCAAAGAGCAGUGGAGCCCUGCCCUUACAGUAUCGAAGGUGUUGCUCUUGAUUUGCUCCUUCCUGACUGAUCCAAAUCCUGAUGAUCCUCUUGUGCCUGAGAUUGCUCACAUGUACAAGACUGAUAGAGCCAAGUAG